AAAAUGGCGGCGGCCCUGGGACGGUUAGGAUAUGUUUGUCGAUGUGUUUUAUAUUUAAUGUCGCUCGAGCUGCUCGCGACGCAUGGACUGAGUUCCGGCGCGUGCGCCCAGAACUGUACCUGCAGCGGGGACUCGGUGGACUGCGGCAGUCUGGAGCUGACAGCUGCUCCUCUGGACCUUCCACUCUGGACUGUUUCCUUAAAUCUUGGUCACAAUAAGUUAACCUCUGUCAACCCUGAAGUGUUUAUCAACCUUCCCAACCUGAGUGAGCUACGCUUGGAUCACAAUGAGCUGACCUCCAUACCCGAUUUAGGACAAGCUUCCAAACUCGUAUCCCUCUACUUACAUCAUAAUAAGAUCCGCAGCGUUGAUGGUCAGCGGAUAAGAGAGCUGGUUUCUCUGGAAACCUUGGAUCUGAGCAAUAAUGACAUCACCGAGCUUCGAGGGCAGUACUUUCCUGCAGGCCUUCAAAUCCGAGACCUAUACCUCAGUAACAACAAGAUCAGUGUGUUGGAGCUCGGCGCUCUGGAUCGUCUGGGUCCAACUCUACAGAUUCUGAGACUGAGCCGAAACCGCAUCAGCCAGAUCCCUAUCCGAGCCUUCCAGCUUCCGAAGCUCACCCAGCUAGACCUGAACAGGAACCGUAUCCAUCAGAUAGAGGGUCUGACCUUCCAGGGUUUGUCCAGUUUGGAGGUGCUUAAACUGCAGAGGAACAGCAUCAGCAAACUGACUGACGGAGCCUUCUGGGACCUGGCCAAGAUGAAAGUCCUUCACCUGGAGUACAACAACCUGACGGAGGUGAACAGCGGCUCCCUGUACGGCCUGAGCUCCCUGACGCAACUCUUCCUCAGCAAAAACUCAAUUGCUCGCAUCAACCCUGAUGGAUGGAAGUUUUGCCAUAAAUUAAGGGAACUAAAUCUGUCCUACAACAACCUGAGCCGCCUGGAUGAAGGAAGUCUGGCUGUGUUGGGGGAUCUCCAUACCCUUCAGCUGGGCCACAACUCCAUCAGCCAUAUCAGUGAGGGAGCCUUCCGGGGUCUCAAGGCCCUACGCACCCUGGAGCUGGACCGUAACGACAUCUCAGGCACAAUAGAAGACACCAACGGGGCCUUCUCUGGAUUGGACAAACUCAAGAAGCUCACUCUGUUUGGAAACAAGAUCAAAUCAGUGGCCAAGAAGGCCUUCGCUGGCCUGGAGACCCUGGAACACCUGAACUUGGGGGAGAAUGCGAUUCGUUCCAUUCAGCCUGAUGCUUUCAGUAAAAUGAGAAACCUCAGGAGCCUUCUGAUUCAGAGCAACGGUUUCCUCUGCGACUGCCAGCUGCAGUGGCUGCCUGGCUGGUUGUUGUCACAUGGUCUGCAGGAUGGUGUAAACGCCACCUGUGCCCACCCAGUGAGCUUGCAGGGAACCAACAUCUUCCAGGCUCCAAUCAGCAGCUUUGUGUGUGACGACCUCCCUAAGCCCCAGAUCACUGUUCAGCCAGAGAACACGGUGACGGUCCUGGGAAGCGAUGCACGUCUCACCUGCACAGUGGCGAGCAGCAGCUCCUCACCCAUGACCUUCGCCUGGCGUAAGGACCAGGAGCUGCUUCAUCACGCCGAGAUGGAGAACUACGCCCACGUGCGCGAUCUCCACCACGGCGAGCCGGAAGCAGGAGGAGGGGUGAUGGAGUACACCACCAUCCUGCACCUGCGGGAAGUCACCUUUGCCCAUGAGGGACGUUACCAGUGCAUCAUCACCAAUCACUUCGGCGCCACCUACUCUAUGAAAGCCCACGUCGUCGUCAAUGAACUGCCGUCCUUCGUGAAGACGCCCACGGACAGCACCAUUCGAACGGGCCACACCGCCAGGCUGGAGUGCGCCGCCAAGGGCCACCCCACGCCAGAGAUCGCCUGGCAGAAGGACGGCGGCACGGACUUCCCCGCUGCUCGCGAGCGCAGAAUGCACGUGAUGCCCGACGACGACGUGUUCUUCAUCACGGACGUCAAACUCGAAGACAUGGGCGUGUACAGCUGCACCGCCAAAAACACCGCGGGCGCCAUCUCGGCCAACGCCACCCUCACCGUGCUGGAAUCCCCCCGCCUGGCCCAGGACCUGAAGGACCUCAGCAAGGUGGUUGGAGACACCGUGGCCCUGCAGUGUAAAGCCCUCGGCAGCCCACCUCCCCGCAUUACCUGGCUGCGCAACGACCAGCCGCUGCGUCCCUCUGACAGGCACCACUUCACCCCGGGGAACCAACUGCUGAUCAUCAGCUCCGCCUCGCUGGAGGACGCCGGCCGCUACACCUGCCUCAUGUCCAACACCUUGGGCACGGAGCGCGCUCACAGCCAGCUCGUGGUGACUCAGCGCAGGAGCGCCUGCGUGACAUCUACGGGCCUGAGCACCAUCACUAUAGGCAUCAUCGUCAUUGCCGUGGUCACGAGCAUUGUGGCGACAUCGCUGGUGUGGGUGUGCAUCAUCUAUCAGACCAGGAAGAAGAGCGAAGAGUGCAGCGUGACCAACACAGAUGAGACAAUUGUCCCUCCAGACGUCCCCAGCUACCUGUCCUCUCAGGGUACUCUGUCUGAGCGGCAGGACGUGUGUCUCCGUGUGGAGGUCGGAGGUGGACCUCAGCCCAACGGACAUGUAGGAGACACCACAGCGUUCGACGGCCCAGUGAUGUGCACAGACUGCUUGGAGAGCAGCUACUCCAUAGAUCACGACUACCUGGCCCACGGGCUCGACUCCGCUCGAGGCGCAGAGUACCAGCAGCUCGCUCCCCCACCUUAUUCCCACCGUCACCCCGAGGAGCAGCGCCACACCGGGUCACACAGAGCCCCGCUCUGCAACGGUUCUCCCCACGAGGUCCGAAGAGGCGUUCAAGGAACCACGUUUCCCAAAAACCACAACACGAUACAGCCGAGCCAAGAGGACAGAAAAGUGAGCAGAUCGGGACACAUGCAGGACUCCUCCUUCCACAAGCCGGUGAAGCUGGGCGGCGUGGCGGGCCGCGGGUGCCCGGACACGGACUGUGAGCCUGAGCUCAGGCAGACUCUGUUGUCCAACGGAUACGUCCUCCGAGCCUGUCAGAGUGAGAGCGCCCCCCUGAGGAGAGCCAGCGACUAGCAGCUCGAAAUAUAAACUGUUUUCUUUCAUUGCACUGGGAAAUAAACUGCUACCUCAUAUCGAGGGCAACGGUCCCCAGCCUCCCGCAUCACGAUUUACCGGGAGCACCAGAAGGGGAAAGAGGGGGGAUAUGUAUAAGGAGUGUCCGGCGUUUGAAGGCGGAGCUUGUGUGGGUGGCGUCCCAUCUGAGCGUAUCAGCUGUACAUAGUUUAAAAACCUUCCUUUGGGAGGUGACCAGUAAAAAAAAGUUCUAGCUCCAAAAUGAUGUGACAUUGAAGCGUGUAAAUGUAGGGGGUCAUGUACAGUUUAUAAAUUUGUGGGGGGAUAAACAAAGAGAAAUAUGCAUUUGAACUUUUGACUGUACAUAAGAGUUUUCUUAUAUAUUAUAUAUAACUUUUACAGGAGUGUUUGAAUCUAUGUGCAUGACAAAGAAAGGAGUGAUAUUUUUAUUUUUUAGAAGAAAACAGCCUUUUUCAGUUUUUACCAAACAUUCAGCUGCAGUGCCUUAAUGCAUGACUCAACCUGUUAGAGCAGGGCUAUUCAGCUCAGCUGCUCAGGGGGCCACACUUACUGAAGCCAAGAGCUCAGGGGC